AUGGCUCCCCGGCCGCUCCAAAACCUGACCACUCCGAAACCCCCCGGUGCGGUCUCCGGGAACCUGUUCUAUCACUCCGACACCACCACCUGGCGACCGUCGGUCACGGUGACCACAUACUCGCCCGGGGCCGCCGGGACCUCCAGCGACAUUCCGCCGAUCAUCAAGUUCCCCGAGGAUGUGUUCCAGGGUAUCCGGCCACUGGCCGACGUCCCGCGGUACCUCAACAAGUCCACCCUCCGACCGUACACCGUUCGGCAGCGAGUCCGCCCGACGGUCGUCCAGAACAAUGCUCUGGACCUGGAGGGAAGCGAAGGUCCCGGUGGUGGCGAUCGGCUGCGGGUCAGCACGCCGCGCCCGACGACUCGCUACACUACAUACCCGGCGACCGUGCGGACACGUACCCCUGCGACCGGAACCACCAUCAAGACUAAGACUCCCCAGACCCCAGCAGUGACCCAGACGUUCACAAGACGACCAACGACUACAACGACAACGACGACGAUGGCUCCGACGACCACCGAGGUACCGACAACGACGACGCCCUCGCGCAAACGCUACACGAUCCGUCCGCAGCGGGGCCAGCAGCGGUGGCGCACCACCACCGAAGCCCCGCCACGGGAAGCGGGUGGGGCCGCUUCGACGACCCACAGACCCACCAACAACAAUUUGACCAAAGCGCGACCACGGGACAGCGAGCUCGAUGAGCGGCUUCCGAACAG